GCAUCUCACGUGUGCGAAUCACCGCCGAACGUCUCUCGGCUGCUGCCUGCGAGUGAGUGUGUUCGAGCAAUGAGGCUCUGCUUUUCCAUGUCGGAGGUCGAGUGAAUGGCCAAACUGCACCCGCACCAUGUGACCUGCCGCCCUGGUGCAACGCAAUUCGCAGCUGAACGCUAGAUGAUCGUACCGAGGGUGGCAUGAAGCUCAGCGUGUCGGCAUUCCAGGCGUCAUGCUCGGCUAGCGCUCAGAAGAUCCUGCACCACCACGCGCCCUCAUAUGGGUCCACCUCGAGCACCGCGGCCGCCGUCCUCCAACCAGCCCCCAUCCAGCACUCGACCCCGCCGCACCUCGCCAAGCGCCCCAACCCCACCGUCAAGACGUUGCUUCUCUGUGAAUCAAACUUCAAUGGAAUAAAGAAAGCAGAAUACAGUUACGCAAUGAUCAUACCAGGAAACUCCGGAACAGACAAAGUAUGUGUAGCUGUGCCUCCCGACACUGUUUAUGACUAUCAUGGACGUGAUUACUUGCUGAUGCCGUACUCUACCCAAAACGUUUACCCUGACCCAUUGAAUCCGAAGGCUACUGUCAGUCGUUGGCAGCAAUUCUUGAAGGCAAUGAAUAUGACUCCGUACAAUGCUGAUGAAGAAUUCGAUCGAACCCUGCUGGUUCGCAUGAUUGACUUGUACAAUUUUACCCACAAUUUCGAUUACAAGAUGUUCGAAUACGCUAUUAAAAUUCUUGGAACUCCGGCUGGAAGUAAAGUGAUGAAGGAUUCUAUUUUUUUGUUCUUCUCCCAGUCCUUUGUGUAUCUGCUGAGAGAUUUCACUAAGGACAUGCCAGACCAAAUCACAGCACCUUUGAGAUUGCUUCGCAACACUCAAAAUAAUGAUCUGGAAGAUUAUGAGAUUGAAACUGUGGUCAUUUGUCGGUUGCAAGCAAUUUACAUCAUGGGGGCUGCACUAUUGUCUUUGUUUCCCAAGAGGAGCUCGUCAACUUUGCAUUCUCUUCUGCCCUAUGGAGAUUACCCUCCCAUCAACCUUGGAGAUUUUCUGAGGGUGAAAUCCACUGAUUCUGCAACUUCAAUUAGCAUGAAGCUACAAAAGUUGCUGUGUUUUUUCAACUAUUUCAAUGCAUCUUUCAACAAGGAUUAUGCACCCAAAGAAGAAUACAAACUGUCUUUUUCAAGGCAAAGAAUAAAGGAGUUCCCUAAGUGGAUGGAUUCUCUGAAGCCUAUGUGCAAAGUCUCUUUCACAGACGAGAAAAUUGAGGAUGCGAAAGGGGAUUUUCUCCGAGUUGACUUUGCUAACAGACAAGUGGGCGGUGGAAUUCUAACGCAUGGGUUGGUGCAGGAGGAAAUUCUAUUCUGCUGCUAUCCUGAAAUGCUCAUAGGAUCGUUGUUAAAUGAGGCAAUGUGCUACAAUGAAGCAGCAUUUUUCAGAGGAGUAAGAAGGUUCAACAACUACAAAGGCUACUCUGAGACCUUCGAAUACACUGGAAACUGUUGCACAGGGGAAGAAGCGAUGGACGAGGAAAACUAUAUCAAAUCCAGAUUUGUUGCUAUGGAUGCAUACCCAUUCACAAAUAGAGAUGACCAAUACAAAAUUCAGUGUAUCGAACGCGAAUUGAGAAAAGCUUUUGCUGGUUUCCGACCAAUCGAUGAUUUCAUUGGGGAUGUUUGCACUGGCUUUUGGGGUUGCGGAGUUUUUGGAGGUGACCCACAAUUAAAAUACCUAAUUCAAUGGCUAGUAUGUUCUGAAGUGCAAAGAAACAUGACAUUUUCUACAUACAAAGCUGGAAAGGAGGCCGAGAAUUUGAAAAAAAUUCACAAAAAAAUUGAGAAAAAAAAAGUGACUGUUGGUCAGCUCUACAGAUUUUUGAUGAUGGGACAAGUUGAUUUGAAACAAGGAGUUCUCAAGCAAGUGGUAAAAUACUUCAAAUAGGAGUGAUUACCAAGAGAGGAAAAGCUAUCUCUUAGUUCAUAAUUUUUACCAACAAAUGUUUGAAUGAUAAUCAUUAAAUUAUUUUUUAUUUGUAUGUAACAAGUAUUAUAAAUAAACGAAUUAGAAA